UUAUUUUUUUUUAUAACUAAUGUUUCUUAAUUUUAUCCAAGUGUCACUUAAUUUUUGUCCUUUGCACCCUCAAUUGAUCACUAGAGUACUCUUUAAUGUUUCUUAAAAAUGUAUUCAUGUCUUAACCCUUUUUUAUUGGCCUUUCAUAGUAGACAAAGCCAAAAUCACAAAAGAGCAUACUGAAUUUGAAUUAUGAUAAAGUUAGUGGUACGAACAGAAAAACGAUCUUCUCAAUUCCAAAAUCCACCGUAAAUUGUCCAGUCAAAAUCUGGACCAUCCACUUAUGUUUAAUAAUGUGAACAGUGCACUGCAACAAUAAUAUGGAUCUCCUCUCAUAAGAAUAAUUCACAAUGAGUAGAUUGAUUGAUUAACAUAUAAAAAAAUAGAAAUAAUAUUAUUUGAUCAUUCCACAUUAUCAUUCCUAUCAAAUUUAUUAUUGAUUAUCAUCUACCAUAGAAUGGGGUAUUUACAACUAAGAGAAAUUAACAUUUAUAAUUUAUGAAAAGUAACGUUCAACCAUGUAAUAAAUUCAAGGGCAAAAUGCACUCACCUCCCUUAAGGUUUACAUAUAACAUACACCCCUAGACCCCCUCUAUUCUCUUUUUUUUUUUUUUUGAAAACUUGGUAUCCGACCCUAGGACCAACCCCAGACCCCCACUAUUCUCUUAUUAAACACAAUGAUAGUGAGGAUUUGAAUGAUUCGGUGGUAUGUAUAGACAUUAAUUAAAUUACUACGGUGCAAAGAAUGUUGUUUCUUGUAGUUAAUCUUGCUCAUAUCCAAAAUCAAUACUACACUCUAAUUCUUCCCUGCCCAAAAGGCAUGUCGCCUGCAUAAUUUGCAGCUUCUCAUCUCACAACCCCCACAUACUGCACGAACAAGAUGCAAAGCAGCAAAAAAACAGGGUGAAGUUAUGUCUUGGACUAUAAAAAUUAAGAGCAACUUCUCUGUAGCUGUAACACUGUUUCAUGGAAGGAGGAUAUAUUCAACAAAAGGAAAAACAUUUGAAUGGUUGAAGAUGGUUGGGACUUGAUGUAUUUGAACGGAGGGAUAACAGUGUUAAAGAGAGAAGGGAGGUAACCACCAAUUUAAUGAAAACUUAAGCGAGGUUAGUGUCUAUUUUAAAAUUAGGGGGGUGAUUGUGUCAUUUGAAGGAAACUCAGGAGAUCAGGUGAGUGUAAUUAUCCCUAAAUUCAAAUAAUUAUAAAAUAGCUUUUAUGGUCAAAAUGUUGUUCCAAUUUAUUUUUUUUUAUGAUCAACGUAUCAUCUAUGAAUUGCAAAUAAAUUCAAAUAAUUUGUUGGUUUUUUAUGUUGGCCGCAUUUUGUUAAAACAAUGUUCUAGCAAGAUGUUGGGAAAAUUGCUUUUUAGGCCCCCCAUGUUGCUCUUACACCCCCCAAGAAUCUCAAAAUACCCCUAUUUAGACCCAGAUUAAUUUGGUUCAUACAAUCCGAAACACCAAAUAUUUGUAUUACAGGAUACGAACACGCUCCAGUUCGUUUCGCAGGUACCGAAGUAGUGUUUUAUAGCUACAACAGGAGGUUGAAAAUGGCAAAAAGCAAGAAAACACAUGGCUUCGUAAAUUAAGACCCGAACUUGCUUUGAUUCGUAUUGUAACUUAUGAAACUGUUCGUCUUUGGUUUUCGCGAACCGCAUACACUUCAUCACUUUGAAAAAAAUUGAAUUUUAGGGCUGUGAAGGGCGGCUUUUAUGGUUUCAAACAAAAAUGGCUAUCAAGGGUUUCAUUCAAUCAGUUUCGAAUCUUAUGAGGUGCUACAAGCCUACAAGAACAAAGGUUUUGAAUGUUUCUGCUGAAGAUAAAACAGGUGGAGUGAAGAACAAUAUAACUAUAACAAAUGAUAAGGGAACGUUGAGUAAGGAAGAGAUAGAGAAGAUGGUGAAAGAUGUAGACAGGUAUAAGGCAAAGGAUGAAGAGGUGAAGAGGAAACUGGAGGCGAAGAAUUCCCUCGAGAAUUAUGCUUAUAAUAUGAGGAAUACUAUUAAGGAUGAGAACUUUGGUGGAAAGUUUGGUUCUGAUGAUAAGGAGAAGAUUGAAAAGGCAGUGGAAGAGGCUAUUCAUUGGUCAAAUCAGUUGGCUGAAGUGGAUGAGUUUGAGGAUAAGCAGAAGGAGUUGGAAGGAAUUUGUAAUCCUAUUAUUGCUAAGAUGUAUCAAGGUGGUGCUGGUGGUGAUGUGCCUAUAAGAGAUGGUAUGCCUAGUGGUGGUGCCUCUAAUGGGGCAAGUUCUAGAGUUGGACCUAAGAUUGAAGAGGUUGACUAAAGAAGUUAGGGAGGGACAUGUUUUUGAAACCUUGUUUGUGUCUAAUGGGGUACUAUGAUAAUUGUCUUGUGUCAUGUUUAAUGUUAUAUUAGAGAAUGUAGGCUUGGUAAUGUGGGGCUGGGCUUGUUGAAUCAUGAAUAAUGUUUUUAUGUUUUUCUGUUAACUCUGUCUAUUUUCUUUUUGCUUACUCAUGAAUAGUGUAAUUUUGAGAUAUGAAAUAAGAUGAAUGUAAUUUAAUUUCUGCCAUCAA